GGAUCAAUUUCAGGCCUUAUAAAAACUAGAGCACAGCCAAGAAUUACCAGUCAGUUCUAAACUGCAACGUCUAACGUUAACAAGGCUCAAAGCACAAACGCUUAUAUUUUUAAAUCAUUUUUUCCUAACAAAAAAUGGCAAUCGAAACCUUCCCAGAAGUACCGUCAACCCCACAAAAAUCUACGAUGGCAGAAAAUCCGAAGGUGAAUUCAGAAAACCCGAAACCAUUCAAAACCAAACUCCUCAAAAAAUUCAAAGUCAAACGCAUGGCUUCGAUUCUGAACAAUAAAUUCUCCAAAAUCAUGCGCCGCAAUUCCCUGACCAGAAGCUAUAAUAAUUUGGCCAAUGAGCUGUCGCUGCAACCAAGGAGUGCCACCCAGUCGGCUCUGGCGAAAUUAUUCACGCUGCCACGAACCCGAGGCAGACAAAUCAAGAAGGAACAUCAAGUUACCAUGGAAUCCGCCAGGCAGGAGGCAGAUGAAUUGAGAAGUGGGCGAGACUUCACGAAGGAGGAUCAGAUUCAAAAAAUGGAAACUGAGGACCUCAACAAUUCAUCAGCAAGUUCUUGUCAAGGAAGACCCAAAAGAUCGAAGUCUCUGGACCAGAAAACUCUUGAAAAAUUGAGGACAGAUUUGGACAACCAAAUGAAUUCCGCGGACAAGAUACGAAGAUCCCGAAGUUUGUAUUUUAAAGAGGAUGCCCAAAUUUCUUCUCCCAGUUAUUCUACACAUCAAGCGGAACAAUUCCACCAUGAAAUUAUGACCAGACUUCAAGAAAUACAACAAAAUUCCGGCUUCGUAAGGUCCUCGGUGCGUAAAUCCCGCAAGAAGCGAAGGGCUCCUGGUAUACCCAACUCCGGACUUGUUUCCCCCCGAGACAGCAGGAAUACAAGCUCCACUCAAAUGUCCUCAGAUUCUGAGGCACAACCCAUCACCGAAACAUUUACUAUAUCAACUACGAAUAAUUCCGAAACUCCCAGCUCAGAAGUGGAAUCUACGUCGGGCAAGAACUCCGAAACCGAAGAUUCCAUGGAAACCAAGAUCACCAGCGAGGAAUCUCCGAUAGAAAAUGGCGCCCAACGUGGCACACCCAUCAAACCCCAGAGGAAAAAGAAGCUACGCCGCAGUUUAAGUUGGCGAAAAGACAAUUCAUUGGUGGAAACACGCACGCUGUCCAGUACCGAUUCGGAAACGGAAAACAAAAUGCAAGCAACAAGAAUUGCCCUGGCCAGACCUAGGCCUCAGGGGAAAUUCAAAUCCCCCAACGAAGAGGCCAACCACAGCCAGCUACAGCUAAGACCUGCCAAGGGUAUUCUCAACACUUCACUGAAUCUGAAACGGCUACCAAUCAGUGAUCAAUCGCUUAUAUCCUCCUGCUCCUCCUCCUCCGCGGGACGGAGACAGACAAAUUCUCGACAAAUUUCCGAUAGUUUCGAUUUGGGUUUCGAAACGGGUUCCAAUGAAUUCGAUAGUCCCAUUCGAAGGAAAAGUAAAUCCCAGGGUAUCUUGAAUCGUUCCUUGGGGAAAUUUGAGGAGAAUCAACGAUGCUAUUCCACGCCCAUCAAACGUCAGGGUUCCAGGAAUCUCAGUUCGGCCUUUAAUGAAACCGGUAGUGUGGCUCAGCAAUCGGUUAGUCCCAUACCCAUCAGUCGGAGCGCCAAGCCUCCACGACAUCGUUCAGUUUAUGACACCGAUUCCCGGCGUAGUUCCUCCAUUGCCAUGCAGGUGAUAAGGGAGGACCAUUCAUGGGAGUUGGAUGACAAGGAGUUGUCGCGCAGCCAAAGCAAUGCCAAUCUCAUGUACAACAAUGCCUCCACCAGAGAAAUGGAGGAUACGCGGCGCAAGGAACCUAUGCCGGAAUCUUCAAGGUUUUGGAUAAAAUCCGGAGAUUUUUAUGUGGCCUUGGAAAUUUUCCCCAACGAAGCCGAGAGGUUGAAGCUGCUCUAUGAAAUCUUUCGCCAGAGAUGCCCGGACAAUAAGCCCAUCAAUUUUGGCAUAGAUGGCCAGAAGUUUGGCUUGCGUGGCAAACAAGAGGAUACCCAUAUUUCACAACGCCUGCCCUCCAGUAACCAGGAAAGUUCCCAUUAUUGGUUUUCCACGGAGGACAUGACAUUGCCUUUCAGUGGCAAAUACCUAAGCCCUGAGAAGAUUCAACGACUUUUUGCCUUCCUCAAGGUUUCCGUCAAAGAAACGGGAGAGCUACACUUUGGCAUAGAUGACAUAGAGUUCUCCAAUGUCGGUUCGCCCAUUGAAAAUUGGCAAAAUGUCUCGCUGACGUCAACAAAUCCCAAAUAUUCGCUGGGUAGCUAUAGCAAGUCAUCGAGGGAUAGCAGCAUUUCCGGGAGAGCUCCUGUUAUGUUUCGCACCAGCAGUCGCCUUAGCCUGCCAGCCAGGUCGAAAACCAAUUGGCCAGUGAAGUUUCCGCCCUCGCAAUUUGAUUUCGAAAGCGAUGAUUUUCGGGAAAUUGAUUCGCCCUGUUCCUCCAUAUCUCCAUUUGACAGUAGGAGUUUUGAUUUUACAACGCUAAAUUCUGAGGAUCCCGCCACAGCCACCACCUCCGCCACCACCAUGACCCGAUACAGUGAAAAUGCUCUCCUGGAUUCCUUUGGCCAGGAGUAUGAAAAUGAACCUCUGGAUCAGCUGUUUGUGAAAUCCAAAGCCAGGCGAGUGGAGGAAACCGACAAAUCUCUAACCUCCAUUGACAAUUUAAUGGGAAUCCUGGAGAAUCAACAUCGCCGUUUAAGUACGCUGCAAGGACGUCUUUCCCAGUAUCAUAGCUCACCCGUCACCUCCUAUGAUGCCUUGGAAGCCCUACAGGAAUCACCGGAAUAUUUGCCGUUACUCAAAAAUAUCGUUGCGGAUAUACGACGUAUCGGCAAGAGUAAUGGCUUCCAGCAUUGCUCGCUCGACGAACUGGAACGUUAUAUGUUCUUCUUGAGUCGCUACGCAGAUGUUCGUCUUAAUGCCUGCACCCAUCACAUGGAUCGUGUUAUGAAUGUGCUGCGUAGCCAGCGGGAAGUUUAUGUUUAGCUAUAAGUUUUUUAUUUUUUGGUCGUGUCGGAGGUCUUCAAAAGAUCUCGACUAGUUUGUAAGAAUUGAAAAUACAAUGACUUUUUUCCUAGAAAAUUCUACGCGG